AUGAUUGAACUACAAAAUUUCCGACCUGCUUCUGUUGAUGAUGUUGCUAGUGUUCAUGCAAGAGCUUACUUGUCAGGGCUUGAGAAGCUGAAGAAACUCCAAAUUGAUGCUACAAAAACUUGUUCGUUGAAUGUUCAUGGGCGCCGACUCCUCCUUACUGAACUAGACGUUCACAAGUUAUUGGGCAUUCCUACCGAAGGCAAAACAAUAGAACUAAAAAAAUCUUCACAAGCAUUUCCCAAGCUAUUUGAAGAACUUGGAGUUGUCCAAGGACCUAUCAAACUGAAUGCUUUGAGAGAGUAUUUGACCAAAACAGAGGGAGCUGGAGAGGAAUUUAUGAGGAUAUUUGCCCUAUACAUGUUAGGUGCCUUCUUAUGCCCAACCACAAAGGAUGUUGUUAAACAAUCAUUCAUUCACCUCAUUCAGAAUGUGGAUGGCAUGAAGGAUUAUAAUUGGUCAAAGUUCACUCUUCAAUUCUUUGUUCGUGGUUUAUGCAAGUACAAUUCGAAAAGUCACUCACAACCAAAUGGAUGCUUAUUUCUUAUAAUGUUGUUUUACUUUGAUCGUGUUGCUCCUAGUGGUUGUGAUGCUGGUCGUGCUCGUUCGAUCCCCUCCUUGGCUUAUUGGGGUGAUGCAGAAAUAAAGGCGACACUGAAACUAUUCCAAAAUUCAGGAGGUUACCAGAAUGAGGAGGUCAUCCUUAGCGUAUCCCUUCUUUUAUGUUUGGUUUUUGUUUGUUAUUUUUCAUGUUGAAAUGGAAAACUAAAUUGUUUACGAUGUGUCUAUAAAUAGGUUGAUGUUAAUUUUGUUGUUGACGAGCCAAUGCAACCAUUUGUACAAAGUGAGGAAAUGAAAAAUAUGAAUGAUAUUCGGAUUUCAAAAAUUGAGACGACUGUUUGUGACAUGAAAAGUGUUUUGGAAGAACUAGUUGUUAUUGUUAAAAGUGGAAUAACUAAUUCUUCCAUUCCGAAGGUCAUGGAAAAAUGUGAGCCACUGCAAAUGUCAAAACAACAGGAAGCGGGGCACGGCCAUUGUAAAUGUGAACCUGGCAUAGUUGCACCUGGAGUUGUGGUAGAAUCUACAGUUGUACCUAUAGUUGAACAUGUCCGCCCUAUACUCGUGCCAAAACCUAAUG